AUGAUAGUAUUCACCAUCAUAAACGACUGCAAAGAGACAAUUUGGCCAGCCAUUAUCCCAGGAGAGAACUUCAGUGGUGGCGGUUUUGUUCUAAAACCAAGCCAAUCUAUAGUCCUAACAGCUCCAAUCAAUUGGUCAGGUCGAUUAUGGGGACGAACAGGCUGCAACUUUGACAGCAAUGGCAACGGAACGUGCCAAACAGGUAACUGUGGCACAUCCCUCAAGUGUGUCGGCUCAGGCGAAACCCCGGCUUCGCUAGCCGAAUUCACCUUUGCAGCAUUCGAUUUUUAUGAUGUUAGCCUUGUGGAUGGGUUCAAUUUGCCAUUAGCUGUUACGCCAAUUAGUGGUAAAGGAAAUUGUACCAUUGCUGGAUGUACUGGAGAUUUGAGGACUAAUUGCCCAUCCGAGCUCGCAGUCAAGGCCAGGGGGAAGGUUGUUGGGUGUCGGAGUGCAUGCGACGUGUUUAACACUGAUCAGUACUGUUGCAGAGGUGCUUAUGGAAAUUCGGCCGAAUGUCAACCUACAAAUUACUCAAAAAAAUUUAAGGAAGCUUGUCCCAAUGCAUAUAGUUAUGCGUAUGAUGAUCGUAGCAGCAUUUAUACAUGCUUGGCGACGGAUUAUGUCAUCACAUUUUGCUCUUCCAGGUAUGUUUUUAAGGAUAUAUAUAUAUAG